GUCAUAUAUAUAGACGUCGGGUACCGAUCCAUCGUCAGUUCAGUUAUCGUCGUCUAUUGGAUUUCAGAGACUUGCGACUUCGAGUACAACACACCAUACAAGCAAUUUCGCACCGACAACAUGAAGAUGUUUUUAUUUAUUGCAUUUGUCGCUUUUGCGGCGGCUCAUCCACAAGGCUAUGAGUCUGAAGCAUCUUCUGGUUAUGGAUCUCCGGGCACACCUUCUUCUCCUUCACCUUAUCAAGGAAAUUUUGGUAGUUACCAAAAAUCCCCUGAAGUUUCAGCAUACUCAUCUGGAUCUCCAACUGGAUAUCAAGGUAGCGGAGCUGCUGGAUAUCAAUCUACUUCUGGAUCGUAUCAACAAUCAACCUCAGCCCCCGCAUACAAAACGAAUGCAUUCUCUGGUUACCAAUCUGGCGCAGGAUCUGGUGCACAGUCUGGCUACCAGUCUGGCUACCAGUCUGGUGCCUCUUCUUAUCAGUCCACUCCAGCAAGUUUACAAUACUCAAAAGCUGGACAGUCAGGUUAUCAGUCUGGCGCUGGAUCUUACCAAUCUGCUCCAGCUGUAUCAUCAUACUCGCAAAACCCACAGUCUGGUUACCAAUCUGGUGCUGGUUCAUACCAAUCGGCUCCAGCAUCACCAGCAUUCUCUCAAGGUGCACAGUCUGGUUACCCAUCUAGUUCUGGGUCUUACCAAUCUUCCGCUCUGAACUCACAGCUAUACUCUCAAGCUGGACAAUCUAAUUACCAGUCUGGUGCUGCAUCUUACCAAUCUGGUACUGCUGCUUCUUCUUAUCAAUCUACACCAGCUGCACAGACAUAUUCACAAAGUGCAAAAUCCAGUUAUCAACCUUCAUCCGCAUCGUACGGUUCAAAAUCCACUGCUGCACCAUCAUACCAAUCAUCUGGAUCGCAAUCACAAUACCAGUCAUCUGCACCAUCAUCACAAUACCAAUCACAAGCCUCUCAAUCAUCAUAUGGCCAACGUUCCCGCCCGAAACCUGUAUCGUCUACAUUAUACCAAAAAUCUGGAUCUGAAUACGAAAGUGUUAAAGGAUCAAGUGCGCCCGUCGAUGCUUACAAGCCAGGUAAUAAUGGAUACAACGCUUUUGCACCAGGCAAUAUCGCCGGACCACCUGAGGUUAAAGGACCAAGUGCACCCGUUAGUGCACCAGUCGAUCCUUACAAGCCAGGUAAUAAUGGAUACAACGCUUUUGCACCAGGCAACAUCGCUGGAUCACCUGAAGUUAUCCCUAUUCUGUCUCAGUCUAACCAACCAAAUCUUGGUGAUGGUUCUUACUCAUACAGUUACGAAACCGGCAAUGGUAUUUCUGUAUCUGAGUAUGGUCAACUUAAGCCAGGUGGCCCAGAAGGUAUUCAAUCUGUCUAUGGAUCUUUCAGUUAUCCCGGAGAAGAUGGACAACUCAUUACAGUGACUUACACAGCUGAUGAAAAUGGAUUUGUUCCCAAAGGCUCUCAUUUACCUACACCACCACCAAUACCAGCUGAAAUUCUUCAAUCGUUAGAACAGAAUGCCGCCGAGGAAGCUGCACAACAAGCAUACCAACAACAACAGUCUACUUAUGGACAAAAUGGUGCUUCGUCUUCAUAUGGAAAAGAAUCAGGUGCCUAUGGCCAGACAUCUGCUCCUGGAUCUUAUGGCCAGACAUCUGCUCCUGGAUCUUAUGGCCAGACAUCUGCCCCUGGAUCUUAUGGACAAACAUCCGCUUCUGGAUCUUACGGACAGACUUCUGCUCCUGGAUCUUACGGACAAACAUCCGCUCCUGGAUCUUAUGGACAAACAUCCGCUUCUGGAUCUUACGGACAGACUUCUGCCCCCAGCUCUUACGGACAAUCAUCCACUUCAGCACCAAAACAACCAAGCUAUCAAAAACCACAGGGCCCAUCUGGAUAUGGUGCGGAAGCAAGUGAACAAUCUUACGGACAAUCUUCCUCCGCCAGUCAAUUGUAUAAGUCACCACAAGGUUACCAAAGCCAAAGUGCAUCAGCUUACAAAAAGCCUCCCAGUGCAUCGGCUUAUUAAAUUCAGUUAUGAUUCCAUUAAUUUAAAUUCAAAUAAUUUAUAGUAUUUUCAUACAA